AUGGACGAACUCGUCAGAAAAAGGAACGUGGCCUUCGAGAGGCUGAAGAGAGUUCAUGCAAGUGUGAAGCACCUAGCGGAGCGAGAAACACAGGCGUUCGAAGUUCACGAUCGGCUCCGGAAAUUAGCCGAUAUGGAGGAAAAUUUCGACAGGAUUCAGGCUGAAAUCGAGGAAGCGGUCCCGCCGGAGGAGCUUUCGUCGGUGCUCAGCGUUCGUUCGGACUACGAACAACUCUUCUACAUAACGAAGGGGAUGGUCACGAAGUGCCUGCAAGUGCCGGACGAAUCCGUCGGUGCCAACAGCGAGAGAACAGUUGUGGAGUCCAAGAGCGAGCUGAAGGAGGCGGUUCGUGUACUGCUCGAAACGCAACGAACCCUCCUUUCCAGCCAGGCUGUUGCUUCAACCAACAUGGAAGAGUUGACCGAGCAGAUUCGUCUCCAGAAAAUAGAGCCCAUGGAUACGCAGGUGCCGUCGUACAGUUUGCCCGUGUUCAGAGGUGACAGGAAGCAGUGGGCUUCUUUCAAAGACCUCUUCCUCAGCGGCGUCAACAGUAAGAACCUGACCAGCGCAUUGAAGUUGCAAAUACUGAUGUCCCACCUGGAAGGCGACGCUAAAAGCCUGGUCAGCAGUUACUCGAUCACGGACGCAAACUAUACACAGGUAUGGGAUACACUCGUCGAACACUUCGACAAGCCGAAGUUCACGGUUGCCGCCUUGGUUCAGGAGUUCUGCGAACAGCCAGCGAUAAAGGGUUCGAAUCUCGCCAGCCUGCGUAAGCUGGUGACUACAUCGGAUGAGGUGAUUCGUCAACUCAGCGCUUUGGGGCCGGAAUUCGAAACUAGAGAUCCUUGGUUGAACUACAUCGUUCUGAAGAAGCUGGACGAUGGCCUCCGGUCUCAGUGGUCGCAGCACAUCGUGGACAACGACGACCCGACGUUCGACGACCUGCUCAAGUUUUUGAAACGGAAGUGUGAAGCAUUGGAGACCUGCGCAGCGUUCGGUGGAAAACCCCUGGAUUAUGUCGUCAAGAAGGAGUUCAGUCGCGAUGAACGGAAGCAGAACACAGUGAAGAAGGAAAUCAAAUCUUUCAACGCAGUGCAGCAUCAAUCGUGUCCAGUUUGUGCUGCUAGCCACAGGAUUUAUGAUUGCACCGUCUUCAAGGAGUCUUCGGUAAGUGAACGGCGAGAGCGAGUGCAGCAAGCAAGACUUUGUUUUAACUGCUUGAGGCCAAACCAUUGCGCAAAAUCCUGCCCAUCGAAGUCGGUAUGCCGCACGCCAAACUGUCAGCAACGUCACCACACGAUGCUGUGCAAAGCAAGCUGCGAGACGCCGACAAUGACAGCACCGACACCACCGGAGAAAGCGUCGCCGUCGUCGUCGCCAUCGCCGUUGCCAACACAGAAAUCGGAUUCUGUAGCAGCCGACGCCAAACCAGCAGCGUCCUGCACAACGAAUGUAAACAACAGCUCUUCGGUUGUCAUCGGAUUACUACCGACGGCUUUGGUAAGAGUAAAGCGAGCUGACGGUCAGUGGAAGGAAGUGAGAGUGAUGAUCGAUAGCGGUUCCCAAGCCUCCCUCAUCACGGAGAAUUGCGUGACCAGCAUCGGACUGCAACGAAGCAACGCUAAUUUGGUCGUCACCGGAAUCGCAAGCUGCUCGUCGGAAACCACCAGAGGAGCCGUACAAUUGGAAAUUUCGUCUCGAUUCUGCUACAGCCCUGUAGUGAAGGUGAAUGCGUAUGUGCUCUCCAAGUUUCCACAAAUCGUACCAAACCAACGACUGGAUCGUGAACGUCUGAAAUGUUUGGAGCCGUUGCAGCUAGCGGAUCCAGAUUUUGACAAGCCCGGAAAGAUCGAUGUUAUCCUUGGAGCUGAUGUUUUCUUGGCAAUUUUGGAGGACGGCAAGGUGAAAGACGACGCGGGACUUCCUGUAGCGAUCAACUCUACGUUCGGAUGGAUCGUCGCCGGUCAAGUUUUCGAUGCCAGCGAAGUCAACUGCAACACGGCCAUUGUCAGUCUCAGCAUGGACAUGGACAUCGACAAGUCCCUCCGGAAGUUUUGGGAAGUGGAGGAGGUCAACCAACCGAAGCCGUUGACACAAGAGGAGCAGCAAGCAGUGAAUAUCUUCAACACCACACACCAACGAGAUGAAUCCGGCAGAUUCACAGUACGCCUACCGUUCGAUGCAGACAAGCCGGCGUUGGGUGAAUCUCUGCCAGCGGCAGUUCAGCGAUUGAAGGCUAUGGAAAGAAGAUUUGCAAGAGAUCCUGAAUUCAAGCGAAUGUAUGGCGAUUUCAUGGCCGAGUACUUGAACCUUGGCCACAUGGAGCGUAUUCCAGACGACGAGGUGAACGUUGCACCCGAGAAAUGCUUCUACCUCCCACAUCACGGUGUCAUGCGGCAGGAAAGCGUCACCACCAAGUUGCGAGUCGUUUUCGACGGCUCUUGUCGAUCGUCGACUGGAAUAUCGUUGAAUGAGAAGCUGCUGAUCGGACCCAACGUCACUGAGGACCUGCCUGUCGUGCCGACCCGUUUUCGAAGUUACGCUUUCGCCUUCAUGGCGGACGCGGAAAAAAUGUACAGGCAGGUAAGGAUACAUCGAGACGACGUCGACUACCAGCGUAUCGUAUGGAGAGCGGACCCCGAUAAGCCCAUCGAAUACUACCGAUUGCUGACAGUAACAUACGGGACUUCUUGUGCGCCGUUUCUAGCCAUCGAGUCGUUGCGACAAGCGGCCCGUGAUUCUCGUACGCAGUAUCCAAAUGCAGCAAAUCGUGUGCUGAAAAACUUUUAUGUAGACGAUUUUCUCUCUGGCGCUGCCACAUUGGAGGACGCACUCGAAUUGAAGGAGGACAUCGAUCAGGUUACAUCGGGUGCAGAAGCGGAUUCCGUGAAAGCACUGGGCAUACACUGGUACCCAGUCACCGACUCGUUUGGGUACCGGGUGAAUUUUGACAUCGACAAGCCAAACACGAAGCGCCAACUCCUAUCGGAUUCAGCCCGACUUUUCGAUCCUUUGGGUUGGAUCUCGCCGAUAAUUGUUCGCAUCAAGAUCCUGUACCAAACACUGUGGCUGCAGGACUUGCAAUGGGAUGAUCCGUUGCCGGCUGCGAUCAAUCAGGAAUGGAACAAAAUCAAGACAAGCUUGGCAUCAAUCGAGGAUAUCCGGAUUCCAAGAUGGAUCGUGAAUCAUCUGGGAGCAGUGCAGCUGCACGGCUUCGCCGACGCGUCAGAGUCGGCCUAUGCAGCAGUCGUCUACGCUAGAUCCAAGGACAGGGACAAUGUAUGCAUUUCGCUGGUCGCAAGCAAAACCAAGGUGGCUCCAAUCCAGCAAGUGUCACUUCCCCGGCUCGAGUUGAAUGCAGCCGCCCUUCUUGUGGAGCUUAUGAAACAGAUUCUCGAAUCGUUGGACCACUUGGAUGUGACAUGCUACGCGUGGACGGAUUCUACUGUUGUGCUUGGCGAAAAUCCGGCGGAUUGUGCAUCUCGAGGUGUGCUGCCAACGGAGCUGGUUGACCACAAGCUGUGGUGGACCGGCCCAUCUCUCCUGUACAGCACAGAGGACACCUGGAAAGAAAGCGCUGAAUCGAUCCCAUUUGAAGAAGACGUGACGGAGCAACGGAAGGUGGUCGCUGCAGCUACGGUUGCGACGAAACCUGAAUCGAACUACGAAGUUGAAGAGUAUCUCCUGAAACGAAACGGGUUACUGAAGGUUUCUCAACGAGUGUUGGCGUGGGUCACCAGAUUCAAGGCCAACUUACUAUCGAAGCUGCGUGGCACCGAAAAGACUUCUGGACAACUGAAGGCAGUGGAAGUGUAUGAAGCCAAUCUACAAUUGGCUCGAUUCGCUCAGCGUGAGGUGUUUGGCGAGGACAUGAAGCAUCUUCGAAAGGGUCUACCACUUUCAGCAAAGAGCCAAAUCAAGUCGCUUUUCCCGUUCAUCGAUGGGGAUGGAACAUUGCGUGUCGGGGGAAGGCUGCAAAACUCGGAGCUAGCAUUCAACUUGAAGCAUCCAGUUAUUCUUCCCAAGUCGCAUCGCUACACACACCUGUUGAUAUCGUUGUUGCACCAACAAAAUCUGCACGCUGGUCCUACUUUGCUCAUCGCGACGCUGAACCAAUUCUACUGGGUGAUCGGCUGCCAAUCAGUGGUGCGGUCGGUGGUAAACAGCUGCGUACGCUGUGCACGCUGGAAGGCCAAAACAGCAAGUCAACUGAUGGGGAGUUUGCCUGCGGUGCGAACUACUAGUGGCCGAGCUUUCGAAAACGUCGGCGUUGAUUAUGCUGGACCUGUCAUAAUAAAAGCCAGCCUACUGCGAUCCGUUAAAACCGUGAAGAGCUACAUAGCAGUUUUUGUAUGCCUCGCAACAAAAGCUGUUCAUCUGGAGGCUGCCACAGAUUUAUCAGCAAACACGUUCAUCGCAGCUUUGAAACGUUUCUGUGCCCGACGUGGUUUGCCCAAUCAACUGUGGUCAGAUAAUGGCACAAAUUUUGUUGGCGCCGAUCGCCAACUCAAGGAACUUCUGGCUUCAGCAACGUUUAACUCCGAAGUGAAUCAGCACCUGAACAAUUUGGGAAUACAGUGGAACUUUAUUACGCCGUCCGCCCCCCACAUGGGCGGCAUUUGGGAAGGAGCAGUAAAAAGCAUGAAGAAACACCUGCGCGUCGUGCUGGGAACCGCCGUGUUGAACUUCGAGGAACUGUCAACUCUAUUGACGCAGAUUGAAGCAUGCUUGAAUUCACGGCCGCUGUGCGCCCUUUCCAGCUCCGUGGAUUCGUGUGAAGCCUUAACACCAGGACACUUUAUCAUCGGACAGCCACUGAAGCUGGUGCCAGAACCAGGUGUAUCCGAUGUACCAACGAAUCGCCUCGACAGAUAUCGUCAGCUACGGAAGUUGACCGAAGACUUUUGGGAACGCUUCAGGACGGAGUAUAUUGCAACGCUUCAACCCAGGACAAAAUGGCAGAAGAUCGGAGAUAACCUGAGGAUUGGAGAUCUUGUUCUGGUUAAGAAUGAUAAUACGCCACCGGCCCAUUGGGAACUUGCUCGGGUGGUAGCUACUCAUCCGGAUCGGAGCGGUAUCGUUCGGAACGUGAGCCUGCAGCGAGGCGAAACCAUCUAUCAAAGACCCAUCCAUAAGCUGGUAGUUCUUCCUACUGAUUGA